GUAAGGCGGCAGGACAUGUUCUAAAACUCUGCCAGAUCUACCUUCUUUUUUCCUCUGUUGGAAGCCAUGAUGGAAGUUUGAGAGCAGAAGGCUGGGAGAGAAAUCGUGAAAAGAAGAUGAUUCCCUUGGACAAAUUCGUCAUCGACAGUUGAUCAACAAUUUCAUCUCUGCAUAUCCAUUAUACAGUUAAGGUGGAGCCUGUCAGCUUUCGAGAAAUAUAUCUACAAUUCAACGACGACGAUGAUCAUUCGCUAGGAGGGUUUUGGGGGUUUUAAAGGGGGGGUUAGCAUAGCUAGCUAUUGUAGCUAAGCUAGCAAUGCUAACGGGUUAGCAAUGCUAGUGAGUGGCUUUGGGAGAAGGGUUUGCAUCUGAAAUUUUCUACGAUAGCAAAGAUGGGGAGGAUUCUCUCCUCUCUUUGGACCUGAAUCACGGCGCCUGCAGCGGACUCAGAGACUUGUGCUGUUCCUAAAUGCGUUUCUGUUAGGCUCGCGCAGGAGGGAGGAUUGGAUAUCUUUUCAUUUGGAGGGAAGAUUCCCGACAGAAUUCCAGGAUUGGGAAAAGUCGGGCCUGCUGCUUGUGUCGGAGCGGCGCAGAGGCCCGUCUUUAUGAUCCAGAGUAAGCGUCUAAUCCUGCUCACACACACGACAACCACUGUGCUAGCCCUGUCAUAGACAGCGUAGAAGGCGCUGCAAAAACCAGAGACGAGGGCAAGAGAGGGACAAAGCCAUCACAAACGGAAAAUAUACCCUUUCGUGCUUAUAUAAGAAAAAAACUGUCAGUUGCAAUGGCUGCAAUCAUAAAGGAGAUGGUUAGCAGAAACAAACGGAGGUAUCAAGAAGAUGGAUUCGACUUGGACCUUACAUACAUCUACCCAAACAUCAUAGCCAUGGGCUUCCCAGCCGAGAGGUUGGAGGGCGUUUACCGGAACAACAUAGAUGAUGUAGUUCGGUUUUUGGAUUCUAAACAUAAAAACCAUUACAAGAUCUAUAACUUAUGUGCUGAAAGACACUAUGAUGCAACCAAAUUCAACUGUAGGGUGGCGCAGUAUCCAUUUGAAGACCACAACCCACCUCAGCUGGAGCUAAUCAAACCAUUCUGUGAAGACCUCGACCAAUGGCUGUCUGAAGAUGAAAACCACGUGGCAGCCAUCCACUGCAAAGCCGGAAAAGGGCGCACAGGGGUUAUGAUCUGUGCUUACCUCUUACACCGUGGGAAAUUUUUAGAACCACAGGAAGCCCUCGACUUCUAUGGAGAAGUUAGGACUAGGGAUAAGAAGGGAGUGACAAUUCCCAGUCAACGCCGGUAUGUACACUACUACAGCUAUCUCCUUAAAAACCACCUGGAGUACAAACCUGUGGCUCUACUCUUCCACAAGAUGGUUUUUGAGACUCUUCCCAUGUUCAGUGGAGGCACCUGCAGGGACAGUACUGUUAAAAACAGGAGUGAAGCGAAUCCCCAGGGCUUCAAGAAAGGGAACUGGCACUGGGACCCUCAGUUUGUAGUGUACCAGCUAAAAGUGAAGAUCCACACAUCAAACCCGGCUCACACACGGCGGGAAGACAAGUUCAUGGUGUUUGAGUUUCCACAGCCCCUGCCUGUGUGUGGGGACAUCAAAGUGGAAUUCUUCCACAAGCAGAACAAGAUGAUGAAGAAGGAUAAGAUGUUCCAUUUUUGGGUGAACACGUUUUUCAUCCCCGGACCAGAGGAGAGUGGAGAAAAAGUGGAGAACGGGUCUGUGGUGAACGACGUGGAUGGUCUCCCCUCUCAGACCCAGGCUUCACCCGCAGACAAAGAGAGGGGAGCAGGAGGAGGAGAGAAAGGUGGAGGGGCAAGUGAGAGAGCAGGAGGCACAGAUGCGGAUAAGGACUACUUAAUUCUAUCCUUGACAAAGAAUGAUUUGGAUAAAGCCAACAAAGACAAGGCAAACAGAUACUUCUCACCAAACUUUAAGGUGAAGUUGUAUUUCACUAAGACGGUUGAGGAGCCCUCAAACUCGGAGGCCAGCACUUCCACCUCUGUCACCCCCGACGUGAGCGACAACGAGCCAGAUCACUACCGUUAUUCCGACACCACCGACUCCGACCCGGAAAACGAAUCCCUCGGCGAGGAACAGCAAACACAGAUCACAAAAGUCUGAACGCUUUUUAAAAACGCAA